AAAGGGCCUGUUCUUCCUCGCGCCCAUAGACUUCUCAGAACCAAACACCCACUUACUAGAAAGCCUUUCGUGUGGCUGCGCCCUUUAACUCAAACCCAGUCAUCUUUUACAUUCAUUCAUUUCACCAUGUCGGGGGACAAGCUUGAAGCUAAGCCAGGAUCCGACUUCGAUGGCCUGGAGUGGCUGCGGGAUAGAAUCUGGGGCGCGGAGCCUCGCUGGACGGUCGAACCCGACGAAGACGCCAUCAGAAAGACUGUUGCAUCUUCCUUGGACCUGGCCAGCGUUCCUUGCAAUAUCAGAUUCCUUGCCCAGGGCGCAUUCAACAAGGUUUACGUCGUCACAUUUCCUGAGAAGAAGGAGGUCAUCGCCCGCGUCACGCUGCCGGUCGACCCCAAAUGGAAGACACUCAGCGAGGUGGCUACUGUGCAAUGGGUCCGCGACAACACAAGCCUACCGGUCCCCGAGAUCAUCUCAUUCCAGGCAGACCGGACCAGCACCAUCGGGUUCGAGUGGAUCGUCAUGUCCAAAAUGCCUGGCAGAUCCUUAGGUGAUCGAUGGAGGGACGUUACCUUGUCCGCCAAAGAGGAGAUUGUCCGCCGAUUUGCGCUCUUCUACUCCGAAACCUUCCAUAACCAGCUUCGGGGUAUCGGCAACCUCUUCUUGGAUGACGCGGGACCGGGCCCUGGCAGUUCAGCCCAGCACCGUGGCUCCUUUCGCCUCCAGCGAAUUGUCUCAAACGAAUUCCUCUGGGACGGCCACAUCCAUACUCAAGUCUCCCGUGGCCCUUUCCAAUCCAGCAGGGACUGGUUCCUGGCUCGGUUGUCACUAGCCGAGAUGGACUGUCGCGGGGGUCUGAACCGUCUCGAGAAUGCGGCGCCGGAGGAUCAGGACGAGGAAGAUCUUGAAGACCUCCGACACACCAUGGACAUCAUCACACGACUCAAACAGCAGCUGGACAAAUUCUUCCCCCCGCCCGGCCCCGACUCGGAGCCCGAGCGGACCGUGAUCCUGCACGAUGACCUCUCGCGCCAAAACACCUUGGUGGAUGACCGUGGAAACUUGACGGCGGUGGUAGACUGGGAAUGCAUUUCGGCUCUCCCGCUCUGGUACGCCUGCCAGAUUCCUCCCCUCCUGCAGGGGACACCCCGCGACGAGGAGCCCGUCAAGACUGAGUACGGGCACGACGAGGAUGGAAAUCUGGUUGAGAUCUUCUGGGAACACCUCGACCACUACGAGCUGACGCAGCUCCGCCGUGUCUUUCUCGCGGAGAUGGAGAGGCUACAGCCAGAGUGGGUGGAGAUCUUCAAAUCGAGCCAGCAACUGAGAGAUUUCGAUCUCGCCGUCUCCAGCUGCAGCGACUGUUUUAUGAUCGGCACGAUACGAAAGUGGCUGGAUGAUGUGGAAAAGGGGGUUGAGGGGUUUGAGGGUCUCGAGGAGAGAAUUGACGGCUUUGGGGCGAUCGGGGAGGAGGGAUCAGAGUGAGGUACGCCAGCUGCCAGGACUUUGCAAAUCC